AUGGCCAUUAGUAACCAUUCACAAGUAACAGAGUUUAUCCUCCAAGGCUUCUCUGAACACCCCAGUCUCCGCAUUCCAUUAUUUGGUUGUUUCCUCUCCUUGUAUGUAGUGGCUCUCACAGGCAAUGUCCUGAUCAUUACAGCUAUUGCACUGAACUCAAGCCUUCACAGCCCCAUGUACUUUUUCUUAUUCAACUUGGCUACAAUGGACAUCAUCUGCACCUCCUCUGUUCUGCCCAAAGUGCUGGAAGGGUUGCUCUCAGAAGAGAAUACCAUCUCCUACUGGGGCUGCAUGACCCAACUCUAUUUCCUUGUUUGGUCUGGAUCAUCAGAAUUGCUUCUUUUCACUGUCAUGGCUUAUGAUCGUUAUGUGGCCAUCUGCCACCCCUUGCAUUAUAGCACCAGGAUGACCAAGAUGCUCUGCAAUGUGUUGGCAGCUAGUGUGUGGCUAAUAUGUGCUUUCAAUUCCUCUGUAAAUACUGGUCUCAUGACACAACUGUCCUUCUGUGGACCCAAUGUGAUUACUCAUUUCUUCUGUGAGAUCCCUCCUCUAUUGUUGCUCUCCUGUACUUCUACCUACAUUAACAGGGUCAUGACUGUCUUGUCAGAUGCCUUCUAUGGCUUCAUAAAUUUUGUUCUGACUUUGGUGUCCUAUGGGUUCAUUAUCUCUAGCAUCCUGAAGAUCCAGACUUCAGAAGGGAAGAAGAGAGCAUUCUCGACCUGCUCCUCCCAUCUUGUUGUGGUGUCCAUGUAUUACACUACUGUUUUCUAUGCCUAUAUUAGUCCUAUUUGUGGCUAUAAUCCAGAGAGAAGUAAACUAGCUGGUGUUCUCUACACCAUGUUGAACCCAACUUUGAAUCCUUUGAUCUAUACUCUAAGGAACAAGGAGGUCAAAAUGGCCCUCAGAAAGCUCUUCCCAUGCUUUAGAAAUUAA